AUGUAGUUUUAUGUAAUUAUAAUCGAUCCAUUAUGGGCAGAAUACACGAAGAGAUUGCUUUAGGUAAAUAUGCAGUUUAAGGAACAUUAAUAAUCUUUGAGUUUAGAAGAAUUGAAAUAAUUAUAAAUUGACAAAAUUGCAUAUGUCCCAGUUUCAUCUUCUUAUGGUGUGGAUCUGAAUAUUUAGAUGAUAGAAGAGAAUUGUUCAAAACUUGGGGGUUCAAAAGAUGUGAGAACAUUGUUUGGUUGGGAACUAACAAAGACCAUUCAAAAUAAAAUCAAUACGUUGCAGGGUAAGAUUAAGGGGAUAAUUUGUUUAAAAGAGUUAAAGAACAUUGCCUUGUGGGUCUGAGAGAAAUUGUAAAGAGAGCAUCUGAUUAACAUUUUAUCAAUGCAUAUGAUGUUAUUAUAACUGAAGAGGAAGCUAUGGAUCUACUAAAAAGCCUGAAGAAUAGUAUGAAAUCAUUGAGAGGUUGUGUCUGGGGA